AGUGCUUUCUGCGGUCAUUGCCUGCUAUUUUCCGGCGAUCCGAUCAACCUAAGGAGAUUGUUGAGGGGUCAAAAGAUGAGUCUCGUAUUUGAAGGAUAUGAGCGGCAAUACUGUGAGAUAUCUGCUAAUCUUUCGAAAAAGAUUACUGCAGCUAGUGUCCUUAAUGGAGAACAAAAGAAACAGAAAGUAUCCGAAGUUGCAGGAGGAUUAGAAGAUGCUGAUGCACUGAUACAUAAAAUGGAUCUAGAAGCUAGGAGCUUGUCCGCAAGUGUGAAAGCCAUGCUUCUUGUCAAGCUGAGAGAGUACAAAACAGAUUUGAACAAUUUAAAAUCAGAAGUGAAAAGGAUCACGUUGGGUAAUGCCAACCAAGGAGCUCGGGAUGACUUGUUGGAAUCAGGAAUGGCAGACACAUUGACGGCGUCAGCAGAUCAACGAGCAAGGCUACUGAUGACAACUGAAAGAUUAGGCAAGUCAAGCGACAGGAUCAGGGAAGGUCGGAAAACAAUGCUUGAAACUGAGGAGCUCGGAGUCUCAAUUCUUCAUGAUUUGCACCAGCAACGCCAAUCCCUCCUACAGGCACAUAACACCCUUCACGGGGUGGAUGAUAACAUCGGGCGGAGCAAAAAGAUUCUGACCAACAUAUCAAGAAGAAUGAGCAGAAAUAAAUAUAUCAUCGGCACUAUCAUUAUGCUCUUAGUAAUCGCCAUAUUUGUGAUUCUCUACUUCAAGUUGACACGCCGCUCUUCAUGAUUUCAAGAGUAUGUAUGCUUUGGUUAUCAUCUCUACGCUGAGGUGUGGAUUAUUGUGUGUUUUAUUUUUAUCGCAAAAUUGAUCUGAUUGUAUAUCUCAUCCUCCAAGUUGUUUUGAUGGACAAUAAAUCAGUACUCUUCAUUUA